AUGCAGCUGGGGGAGCAGCCGCCGCUCGCCGCGCCGGGGGGCCCCUUCUACCCGCUCGAGGGCGCCGGGGGCGGCAGCAGUAGCGGCAGCGCCCGCGGGCCGCCCGCUGCCGUCCCGGUCCCGCCGCCGCCGCGCCUCGACAAGGCGCCCGCGCAGCUCCCGGCCAUGCUGGGGGAGGCCGAGACGGGCGAGCCGCCCUUCGGCUCCGCCAAGGCGGAGGGCCGCAAGGCCGCGCCGUGCGGCGACGAGGAGCUGCCGCCCGCGCGCUACGCGCUGGAGAGCGUGAGCCCCGAGCGCUACUACCUGCAGUCGCCGGGGCCGCCGGGCGCCGAGCUGGGCGGCGGGCCCUGCUCGCUCUUCCCGUACGCGGCCGCGCAGCCCGGCGCCGUCUACCAGCCGCCCGCCGCGCCGCGCUACCCCUACGGCCCCGUGCUGGCGCCCGGCGGCUUCGCGGGCGCCGUGUGCCCGCCCGGCGCCCGCGCGCARUUCGGCGCGGGCGGCGGCAGCAGCUACCAGUACGGGCAGGCGGGCGGCGGGCCCCUGUACGGGCCCUACGCGGCGGCGGCGCCCGGCUCGUGCGGCGGCCUGGGCGCGCUCGCCGUGCCCGCCGCGGCGCCCGGCCUGCGGGCGCAGGUUUUCCUCUGCAACCGGCCCCUCUGGCUCAAGUUCCACCGGCACCAGACCGAGAUGAUCAUCACCAAGCAGGGCCGGCGCAUGUUCCCCUUCCUGAGCUUCAACAUCACGGGCCUCAACCCCACGGCGCACUACAACGUGUUCGUGGAGGUGGUGCUGGCGGAUCCCAACCACUGGCGCUUCCAGGGCGGCAAGUGGGUGACGUGCGGCAAGGCUGACAACAACAUGCAAGGCAACAAGGUCUACGUGCACCCCGAAUCGCCCAACACCGGGGCCCACUGGAUGCGCCAGGAGAUCUCCUUCGGGAAGCUGAAGCUGACCAACAACAAGGGUGCCAACAACAACAACGCCCAGAUGAUAGUACUGCAGUCUCUUCACAAAUACCAACCUCGGCUUCAUAUUGUAGAAGUGACUGAAGAUGGUGUUGAAGAUUUGAAUGAUUCUUCUAAGACUCAAACAUUUAUUUUUCCUGAAACGCAAUUCAUAGCAGUUACAGCCUAUCAAAACACUGAUAUUACGCAGCUCAAAAUUGAUCACAAUCCUUUUGCAAAAGGUUUCAGAGACAACUAUGACUCCAUGUACACAGCUUCAGAAAAUGACAGAUUAACUCCAUCUCCCACGGAUUCUCCUAGAUCCCACCAGAUCGUGCCUGGGGCCCGGUACAGCGUGCAGCCCUUCUUCCAGGAGCAGUUUGUGAACAACCUGCCCCCCGGCAGGUUUUACAACGGCGAGCGGGCGGUGCCGCAGGCCAACGGCUUGCUCUCGCCGCAGCAGGGCGAGGAGGUGGCCAGCCCCCCGCAGCGCUGGUUCGUCACCCCCGUGCAGCAGCCCGGCGCCAACAAGUUGGACAUGAACUCCUAUGAGACGGAGUAUUCGCCGAGCACCCUGCUCCCGUACGGCAUUAAAUCCCUUCCCCUGCAGACAUCCCAUGCUCUGGGAUAUUACCCUGAUCCAACAUUUCCGUCCAUGGCAGGCUGGGGGAGCAGAGGCUCUUACCAGAGAAAAAUGACAACGGGAUUACCAUGGACCUCCCGAACAAGCCCUCCGGGUUUCUCUGAAGACCAGCUUUCCAAGGAGAAGGUCAAGGAAGAAAUUGGCUCCUCCUGGAUAGAGACUCCACCCUCCAUAAAGUCUCUAGAUUCGAACGAUUCUGGGGUCUACACGGGUGCUUGUAAGAGAAGGCGACUCUCCCCUAGCACUUCAAGCAAUGAGAAUUCCCCGACUAUGAAAUGUGAGGACAUUAAUGCUGAGGACUAUAGCAAAGACACUUCAAAAGGCAUGGGUUACUACGCAUUCUAUACCAGUUCUUAAAGUGUUCUUUUAUCCCAGUUGGCUAACUUGGUUUUUUUUCAGGGUGGCCUUGGUUUUUUUUUGCAUCACAAUUGCCAAAAAGACUCUUACCUUCCACCUUGAAUUGUUGUGUGCAAUUCUAAAGAAGGUGCCAAAGCUUUUGACUGUUGCAGGUAACCGAGUAGGGAGAGAGCAAAGUUUAACCGAAUUCUUAACUUGAGAAAGAACCACAUGUGGAAGCUGUAAGCAAGAGCCUAGAGUUUUACAGUGCAGCUUAUUUAUUGAAGACACUAAAGUGUACAGUUUGACUUGGCUCAGAGGCCUGAUGAAAUCUAUGCACUCCUGGGCAGGAAAUGGGGAGUCUGGAUCCCUAAUUCCCCCUUUUUUCCUGCCUAACCUUUGAAUGGAAGGGGGCUGGGUUGGAGGGGCAGCGCUGCACAAAAGGUGUUGUGCUUUAGGCUGUGCUGCAGCACAAUUUGCAGAGUUGGAUCCUGCUCAGCUAGGGCUUUCCUUGGCAGAACACAGUCAAAAUAAGGCCUGUGUGCCAGGCAGACUUGUCUUGAAGCCCUUGUUGCCARUGGUGGAGUUACAGUGACCAAAUUCGACUUCCUUUAGUCUAGCGUAAGGGGGGGGGGGAAUGCCUCUAUCCCAAAAGCCUAACCUUUGUUGAGGUGGCCAAAAAGAAUCAAAGUGUACAGUUGUGUUUUGUCUAGGUACACUGUAGAAUAUUGUGGAAUACUGUAUAAAUAGUCUACUUAUAGCAGUGCAGUUGGCAGGACCUCCAGUGGUGCUUUGAAGUCCUAAAGGCAUUUUCUUCAGAUUAAUCAAACUUAGCGUACAGAACAUUGCAAAUGCAUUGCUUAUUUAAAAAAAAAAAAUUUCUAUUUACGUGUAGGUAAGGUGACUUUUUU